AUGUUGAGUCCUCCUCAGAAUCCUCAGAGCUCCUGCUCCUGCUCCUUCUCCUCCAUGUUAUGGAGCACAUCAGAUGAAGGCUUCAGCAGCCAAGAAGAGGAGGAUACAAGCUCCCCGCAGACCUCAACAGAUACUGAAUCCUUGCCCAGGGACUGGCUAGAUCAGAAGGUGAUGGAUUUAGUGCAUUUCAUGAUCCUCAAGUAUCGAUUGAAAGAGCCCAUCACAAAGGCAGAAAUGCUGAAGAUUGUCAUCAAAAGGUACAAGAAACGAUUUUCUCUGAUCUUCAAGAAAGCUUCUAAGUGCUUGGAGGUGAUCUCUGGCCUUGACGUGAAGGAAGUGGACCCCACCAUCCACUCCUAUGUCCUUGUCAACUCACUGGACCUCACCCAUGAUGAGAUGCUUAGUGACAACCAGAGCAUGCCUAAAAACGGCCUCCUGUUAAUCAUCCUGGGUGUGAUCUUCAUAGAGGGCAACUGUGCCCCUGAGGAAGACAUCUGGGAUAUCCUGAAUACGAUGGGAGUGUAUGCUGGGAGGGAGCACUUCAUUUAUGGGGAGCCCAGGAAGCUCAUUACCAGAGAUUGGGUGCAAGAGAAUUACCUGGAGUACCGGCAGGUGCGUAAUAGUGAUCCUGCACGCUAUGAAUUCGUGUGGGGUCCAAGGGCCCAUGCUGAAACCAGCAAGGUGAAAGUUCUGGAAUUUUUGGCCAAGAUCAAAGGGACUGACCCCAUUUCCUUCUCCUGCUGGUAUGAGAAGGCUUUAAGAGAUGAGGAAGAGAGAGCCCGGGCCACAAUUGGCCCCGUGGAUAGUCCUACUGCCAUGUUCAUUGCGCAGCGUUGGUCAGCAGCUUCUCCUGCCCCAACUGAAGAAUGAACCCAAAUCUUCACUCUCUUUGAAAAGGGCAGUCAAAGUUCUAAGUA